AUGCUUGUACUUAUCCUAAGCUCAUAUCUACUAUUCCAAAAUGUAUACUCUACCUAUAAAGCUUUGAAGCCACCCAAGCCGCCUCGUAAGGCAAAGAAUGGAGUCGAUCGAGCUACAAAAGCAAAACAUUCUCGCAAGCGGGAGCUCAAGGGAAUGCUCGCGUGCUGGAUUGUCUGGUCAUGUUGGUCCAUUGCCGAGUCUAUCGCAGAUCGCACCAUCGCAGUGCUAACACCUUUCUACUCUGAGAUCAAGAUGUUUCUGAUCUUAUUCCUCAUCAUCGGCCGCUCAACAAUGGCGGAGCCUAUCCUCCUCCACGUCAUUCGUCCACUCGUCAAGCCUUAUUACGUUUCGCUCGAUUGGUUUCUUGAUAUAUUUACAUCCCUCGCAGGCCUUGCAAUCCUUCUCUUCUCAUCGCCUCUUGUCUGGAUCAAGAUUGUCACAAACCACGCAUGGAAAUUUUUACGAAAAACAUUUUCAAGCUCUGCUUCGCUCCCCCGACCUGGCAGUCACGCAGUCUCGGCUUCUGAUGGUGAUGAGUCCCUUACCGAAGCAAAUACUCCGGCCGAGUCAACAGAUGCCACGAAGUCAAAGCAGCCAGAACCUGAACCAGAUCCACUACAGCGCUUCGUCCCGAAAACCCGAGGGGCACUUGCACAGCCCGACUCAGAUGAGGAUGAUGUCCUGUACAAGAACCCAUUACGGGAUGAACCUCCACCAUAUGGCGUUCCUGUUGAUAUGCCAUUAUCCAGGGAGCGGGACUUUCCUCCGGUAUUCUCAACUCCUCGUCGGGCUACUUCCCGUGUUCGUGGUGAAGCCGUUCCCUAUGGUAUGGGAACACCCGAUUACCGGCAACCGUAUGACACAUCUAUGGCUACAACGGCUUCUUACCGCCCGGACUCGGAUAUGAGUGCAUCUUUUGCGCUGUCGCCUAAUAGCACCCAGGAGAUUUCUCAUGGAGCAGGGGAUCUAGCGCCCGAUCCGGAUGUACCGGCAUUUACCCUUGCGACCCCUGAGCAUCCUCCAGUUGCAACCCCAGCAGCUCCCACGGUUCCUUCGUACUUGCAGCCUCGAACACGAGCUAGUCGGGCAAAUCUAGCUCCUACUAGGCAGCGCGUCGAUAGCUAUGCGGACCGACCAAACCCUCGAGCGUCUGAAUUCUUGCAAGGCGAACGUGGUAUGACGUUUGCGGACAAACUUAGGGAGACCAAAGGCUUGACUCCAGAUUUGGGUGCUGGCGCAUCGUAUCCCGCUACACCAUCGCCUCCUCACUAUGGGCCUACUUCUCCUCCCAUGCAACCCUCUCCUCCGCCUGUGGGCUUCAACAGCCAAUAUCCCCGUGGGCGCCCGCAGGCCCCCAUGCGCCCAUACGCCCCAAUCGUCCCCGUUGACGAUGGGUAUGAAUCCCCACCACGUAGCUCGGCAGGGACUACGACCGAUUUUAUCCAAGGCUGGCGCCAGCGGUCUGCGAUUCCAGUUGACACUAAGCCCAAGCGUCAGGGGAGUGGUCCGGGUGCAUAUUCGUACCAGCCGGCUACAGGCCCAUACGCAAUGCCUGUCCCGUCCAUCCCGCAUUCGAUUGUGUCGCCUGUGGCUAGCAUGGCGCCAUCCAUCCCUCCACCAUCCGUUGCGCCGUCCUUUCCAACACCCUCAAUAGCUCCUUCCCUUACACCCUCCCAAAGUAUCUCGAAUAUUUUUGCUCGCCCAACGCCGACCUAUCCUCCGGUCGCCGCAUACCCCCCAGCACCAGUCGCCUCUUACCCGCCAAUUCCAUCUCACCCCCCGGUAACCUCUCCCCCUACUCGUCCGCCUACAACUGGGCCCCAGCGCCCAUCCAGCACCACCCCUUCCCAUCCGCCUACUACGACAACCGGAAUGGGUCUUGGGAUUCCUCGCCGUCAGCGCUCUACGCGCGAAUUGCGUGCACAGGCUUGGGAGCCCAAGGAGGAUAACAGUGCUGCCGAAGCCGAGCGACUGGCCGAGGAAGAGCGUCGAGCAAUCGAACAAAAGGAAGCCGAACGUCAAGCCCAACUGGAAAGACAACGUCGCAAGGUCUCGGAUUCGGGCCAGUACCAACGUUCUGUCAGGGGCAAGAAACUCACUGGAGAGGUUCCGCCUACGCGAUCCAGGCCAUCGAGGACGCGAUCACGGGCGCCUGGUGAUGAGACGGAUGGGCAAGGAAACUAA